AUGUCCCUAGUUCAAGAUACCUUACAGCCAGUUGACGAGUAUGCCGUGCUGGUGGCGCAACAGCAGCAGGACAACUUCAAACAACUCCUUUGGCAACUUAUAUACGCGCGGAACAUCACCUCUGAGUUGGAGCGUGCGAGGGCUAUCUUCCUCUGGCUUUGCACCAAGGAUCUGAAUAAAAUGAAAUUCGACAAAGUCAAGUCGGGGUCGCCUGAGGAGACCCUCAUGGACAUACACAUGGGAAAAUCAUCUUAUGCGGAGGCCUUCCUAACUCUCUGUCGGUAA